AUGUCAUUGUUGCAAACGUUAUCUUAUACGGAAUAUCAAAAAGCUUUAGCGUUGAAUAUUGAUACAUGUGAAGUAAUUUCCAAACUAGCAGAUCUAAAAGUUAAUCUCAAUGAAAUUAAAAAACCUGGAGAAGUUUUAAUGAAGACUUUAGAUCGACGCGGUUAUACUGUGGAACAAUAUAGACAAUUAUUAACUACAGCAUUAAAUGCUAAAACAAUUAUUACUUAUUACAAGCCACAAUGUAAAUUGGCAAUAUUAAUAGGAAACAAUAAAUAUAAAUAUUUGUCCAAAUUAGUAACACCAUCAAUUGAUUGUGACUCUUUGGCUUCAAAUUUAAAAGGUUUAGGAUUUAUUAUAAUUACUUUAAAAAAUUUAACUGCUGUUGAUUUGAAAUCAAAUCUAUCAAGAAUAUUUGAAUCAAUUCCUGAAGAUUCUUAUUGUUUUAUUUUUUAUGCAGGACAUGGUUGUGAACUCUGUAAUACAAGAUGUAUGCUGAGUGUAGACUGUCCAACUGAGGACAUCACCAUUGACGAUUGUGUAACCGAAAAUUGGUUACUCAAGCAAGUGGCAUCAUGUAAGCCUGAAUUAUGUGUUUUGAUUUUGGACAUGUGCAGAAAUUAUUUAGACAGGAAUAUAAACCCUAAAAUCUACGCAGCAUUACCCACAAUAGAAGACUACACGAUCCAUCGUAACUUACUCAUUAGCUAUUCAACGCAGUCGUCCGCAGCUGCUUACGAAUUAUUACAAAUUGAAUGUUCGACAACUAUAGACGGAACAUAUGAAGUUAAAACUGGCGAUACAGAGAAAAUUGUCCCUGGGGCCAGUUUGUAUGUGAAUGCAUUGUGUACAAGAUUAGUUGAAAAUUUGGAUGUCAGCACUUUACUGGAUAAAAUACAUGGAGAUGUUGAAAACUACGCUAAAAGACAAAGACCAAUUAAAGUGCAAUGUGGAGUCUCAAGGAGAUCGCUUUAUGAUCCUGUUAGAGGAGAUGCAGAUGUAGUUUUAAACAAUUUAAAGGAGGUGCUUGAAGAAUACAAAGAAAACUGUGCUGUGUUUUAG